AUGGAACCAGAAAUCGCAAAAUUAACCAAAGAGGAUUCAGACUAUAAAAUCUAUGAGAUUAAAGCCGAAAACGAUGAGCAAUUGGAAAUGCUUAAGGAAAUUGUGAAAUUAAAAAACAAUUUUGAUUUUCUUAAUUUGGCUAAGCAGCCCUUUGAACCAACUAAAGUUUUAAUACCCCAAUAUAAAGAGCAAGAAUUACGCUAUAUAUUAGAUAAAUAUGAGUUAAAUUAUACUUUAUUAGUGGAAGAUGUUUCGGAAAUUAUAGUCAAAGAACGUUGGCAAAAUUCUCGAAAAUCCCCAGUCACAUAUCCCUUAAAUGUAUUUGAAGGUUAUUAUCGUCAUGAAGAAAUUAACGAAAAUAUGGAAUAUCUAUCAAAACUAUAUCCCUCUCGUGUGUUUGUUAAAACUUUUGGACGCACUUACGAACAGAGACCUUUGAAAAUUAUUACCAUUACUAAUGGUGAUGGUGUGCCAAAUAAGAAAAUUAUUUUCAUUGAUGCUGCCAUGCAUGCUCGAGAAUGGAUAACACCCUCAAUGGCUCUACACAUAAUGAAUGAAUUAACAAUGAAUUUUGAAUCAUAUAAACAUUUAUUACAAGAUUUUGACUGGAUUAUAAUGCCGGUGGUAAAUGCCGAUGGUUAUGAAUAUACACACGAAGAGGAUCGUUAUUGGCGUAAAACACGAAAACCUAAUAAUUCCACACAAGAUUGUUAUGGUACAGAUCCUAAUCGUAAUUUUGGUUUUCAAUGGGGUUUAGUUGAAGGAGCCUCCGCCGAUCCCUGUGAUGAUACCUAUUUUGGUGAUAAACCAUUUUCGGAACCCGAAACACAAGUAGUUCGUGAUAUUAUGAUUACCUAUGCAGAUCGUAUGAAAUGGUAUUUGUCUUUGCAUUCUUAUGGAAAUUAUAUUCUGUUGCUCUAUGGUCAUACCAAAGAUUUACCCGAAAAUUAUUUCGAUAUGAUGGAUGUGGCCGAUGCAGGUGCCUUAGCUAUUAUCUUAGCCACAAAUAAUAUCUACACCUACGGCAAUACGUACAGUGUUAUGUAUCCGACAUCGGGAGAUUCAGCUGAUUAUGCUACCGGUUAUUUACAAAUACCCAUGGCCAUGGCAAUGGAAUUGCCAGCAGGAGGUUUUUCUGGUUUUGAUCCCCCCGUUAGACAAAUUGAAGAUAUUGUCAAAGAAACUUGGGUGGGCAUAAAGGCGAUGGCUAAAGUUGUUGUGCAGAAGUAUUCAUUUUUUAAUGGUUUUUGUUUAUUAAAAUAAAAACAAUAUUAAUAAAACAAUUACUGCUUAUCAUUAAAUGACGA